GGGCUCCCCACAGCAGGGGGGCUGGUGGCAGCCCUGCCAAGGGGGCAGCAGUGGGCAGAGGGCCCCCAGAGGGGCACGCAGGCUCUGUUGGCAUGCAGAUGAAGGGCUGAGCACAGUUUCCGCCGCACCCUGCCUUCACCCUUCCUGUACCCCUGCAGGAAACAGCCCCACAGCUGCCCUCACCCGGGGCCGGCAGGACAGCGUCCACCGGCCCAGAGCGUAGUGGGACGAGCCCCGACGGCUCCCUGUGCCACCCGUCCGCGGAGCCCCGCAGCACGUACAACCAUGCGUUGAGCCCUGCCAAGGAGAGUGGAUGCCAAACCUGAAUUACCAGCCCAGAGAGUGACUGUGGAACCCGGGAGCUCCUGUGAUUUGCGGCAGGUUUUUCAGGUCCCCGCCUGUCACACACACUCGCGGAUACUUAAGCAGUCACCCCAAGGACCUUCAGGGUUCUUGUUUUACUCACUUCUGGUCCCUGACAGCUCCAGCGCCUGGCCCCAUAGCCCUACCCAAGGAGGAGAUGGCCACAGAGAAGCCAGUGACUCCCACUGAGGAGCAGCUGGAGAUCCUGGAGUACAACUUCUGCAAGGUGAACAAACACCCUGACCCCACCACGCUGUGCCUCAUUGCGGCCGAGACUGGGCUCUCCGAGGAGCAGACCCUGAAAUGGUUCAAGCAGCGCCUGGCAGAGUGGAGGAAGUCUGAAGGGCUGCCCUCACAAAGCGGAUCUGUCAGGGACUAGAGGACGCUGCUCCAACCCCCAAGGCUGCUGAUAAUGAUGGUGAAGCUCUUCAGAGUGGGUUUCCUUGGAGUUCUUCUGUUGCAAUAGGUUUUGAGAUACAAAGUAAUACCCUGCUAUUUAACAUAAGUUUUAUUUAAAGUGUACAUAACCAGGAAAAAGUAUUAUAUAUAUGUGUGUGUAUACAGCUUCCGAUGGCUGCAUAACCUAUCUAGUGAUUCCCACCCAUUAAUAAUGCCCUUGUGCCAGGCUUACAGAAAAGCUGCCAUGAAAGGUUCAAACAUAGAAGGGGUGGGAAAGAUUUAUUUUGCUUAUGCUCCCCAAAGGCAAAGUAUACAUUCUAGCUUUAAUAUGCACACCAUCCAGAGAGGGGGGCACCUGGAAAACAGAUGUGUUGCUCAGAUGAUCUUAGUUAGCUCAAGAUGCUGAGUCAGCUCUGGAUAUCAGCAAACUGAGUACCUACACAGUCAUCAGACCAAGGCAAGCCUCUCUUGAAUGUAUUUCUCACACUGCUGUUAAAGGUCAUCAAAGGGAAAGAAUUGGCAUUUUGGUUUUUU